AUGUGUGCCGGCCCGCCCGCGUCUGCUGCCGGAUUUGUCGACCGACCGGCGCCUCCGGGGGCCACUGGCACUGGCGCAUCGGUUGGGCCCACCCACGCGCGCCACUCGUGCUCGCGGAAAGCACACCAAUACACACGCACACGCACACAGACACAUACGCGCGCGCGCACACACACUAGUUGGUGGCUGCACUAUUCGUCGACUCGGCUGCUUUCUAUAUUGGCUCGGCUGGUUCGCCCUGGCACCGAUUGGCUUCGAGUUGUUGCUCCAGGCCAGAAUGGACACACGCGCGUGCAGCUUGGGCUAUCGCUCGUCUCUUGGCCUGCUCUGUGCCACAGCGCCUGCACUCGGCCGACCUGCCAACAGACAGACACGUGCAUUCAGACCGCAACCUCUCACCGAAUAGUCUGGCUUGGCGGGCCUGGGUCAUGGGUGAGCCGGCCCGGCACGCACGGACGCUCGCACGUGCGCCUGCGCGCAGGCACGCAGUGA